AUGACUUAUGUCUAUUGCCGACAGAUGUGGAUUGACCAGUACCUGAAAUGGAAUCCGAACAAGUUCGAUGGUUCGAAAGAGAUAUUUUUUCCUGCAGAUAGCAUCUGGAAACCAGAAAUUUUCGUAUUUUACAGCUCUCAGCAGACCUCUGCAAUCGAAAGUAACUUGAAUGUGCGAAUCAACCAUGCCGGCGAAAUCCGUUAUUAUGCUCCAUUUUCGACCAAAAGUCUCUGUCCUAUUGACGUCAAGUAUUUUCCAUUUGACAAACAACAUUGCGUCAUCAACGUAAGUACGGCAUUAGCUGCGAUUGAUACAUAAUC